AUGCCAACUAAUUUCGAGCCGCAAAUAGUGUGUCAGAACCGGUCUAACACGCCACAUCCCAUCCCACAGUCUCUUCGCGUGACGCGUAAAUGGGCCGAAUCGCAAAAGCAAUCGAGUGGAGAGACGCGCUCAUCCGCUCCCUCGCUAGAAAAUGCACACUGCCGUUGCGCAGCCGUGGCUCGUGUGUCUGAGCUCAACCAGGAAGAAAAUGAGAACGGCGAAAAGAUCCCCACCCUUAUCCUAGUCCGCUACCCACACCGCAUCGCCUGCCACAAAGCAUUGAUCAUGGCGGCCAAGCUCAAGCAAGAGCCCAACGGCCACUCCAACGCCAAUGGCAACUCACAUCAUCACGAUGACGACGACGACUCGCACGACGAAGAGCUUCUCCGCGCAGCUGCUCAAGCAGACAACCAGGACCACGAGCCUUCCUCCUCCUCUUCCAAUUCCAAAUCCGCUGCUGCUGCUGCCACCUCCACACCAUCAGAUUCGGCCUCAAUGGGUCGUUCAACAGCCAAAUCCUCCAAAGCUGCCCACGAUGUGGAGCCAGACGUACACGAAGAGCGUUUCACAAAGCUCAAGUACUUGCUCCAACGUUCCGGCGUCUACUCCCGCAUCAUGGGCGAAAAGAUGGAGAAGGAGCGCAAGGCUCGCGCAGAGGCCGCUGCAAAGCAAGAAGCUCGUCGUGAAGCUGCGGCUGCAAAGGCUGACAGUGCUCUCUCCGAUCCUCAGCCCUCUGCUCCUGCUCGCAAGACUCGCUCAGGCGCCAACCCAAGUGACGACAAGCCAUCUACUUCCACCGCCUCCGAGCGCGAGUCCCGCCGCAGAGACACCCGCAAACGCAAAAACGACGAUUCCUACAACGUCUCCAGCUAUCUGGACGAAGAUGAUCUAGAACAGGCAAAGCAACAAGCAGAGCAGGCAAACAAGAAGGCAAAGACAGAAGCAUCCGACGCGUCCGAAACAAAAGCACACGCUGCUGCUGCUGCCAACGAAAGCGGCCGUCGCAACCAGCCCAAGCUCGUCACAGGUGCAAAGAUGCGCGAGUACCAGCUCGAUGGCCUCGAAUGGCUCAUCAGCCUCUACGAGAACGGUCUGAAUGGAAUCCUCGCCGACGAGAUGGGUCUCGGCAAGACCCUUCAAACCAUCUCAUUCCUAGCUCAUCUCCGCGAGAAGGGCGUCUGGGGUCCAUUCCUCGUCGUCGCUCCCCUCUCCACCAUCAACAAUUGGGUCUUGGAAUUCGAACGCUUCACUCCCGACAUUCCCGCCAUCAUGUACCACGGUGAUCCCGAGGUGCGUCGCGAGCUUCGCGAUCGUCGCCUCCGUAUGCCCCGCGACAAGGAAAGGCAAAAGGAUUUCCCCAUCGUCGUUACCAGUUACGAACUCAUCAUCCGCGAUCGCAAAUGGCUUGCUAACUACCCCUGGAAGUUUAUCGUCGUCGACGAAGGUCAUCGACUCAAGAACCUCAACUGUCGUCUCAUUCGCGAGCUCAAGACCUACCGCAGCGCAAACCGUCUCAUUCUCUCAGGCACUCCCCUCCACAACAACCUCGCCGAGCUUUGGUCGCUUCUUAACUUCAUCCUGCCCGACAUCUUCGAUGACCUCGCCACUUUUGAGACAUGGUUCGACUUCUCCGACAUUCACGAAGAGCAGGGCCAGUCUCGUAUUCUCUCCAAAGAGAACAGCUCCCAGGUCAUCACACAGCUCCACGAGAUUCUCAAGCCCUUUUUGCUUCGUCGUCUCAAGAACGACGUCGAGACCGACUUGCCGCCCAAGAAGGAGUAUCUGCUCUAUGCUCCCCUGACAGAGCUUCAGAAGGAGCUCUACAACUCGGUCGUCAACGGCGAGAUCCGCAGAUGGUUGCUCGAGCGCAAGACCGGUCUGCCCUGGCCGCAGAUUCAAGAGAUCCUCGACGACCCGGAUGGCAUCAACUCCGCUUCUUCGUCCGUCCCCACCACCCGUGUCCCCUCGGCAGAUCACAGUCGCAACCAGUCCCCGCAUCCCUGGGCAGUCGCGAACAAGCGCAAGAACGUCCAUGUCAACCUCAACGUUGACGAUCAAGAACAAGACUCGAAGCCCACCAAGCGCGGUCGCGGUCGCCCUCGCAAGAGCGAACCCAUCAAGUCGUCGCGAUCCUCCUCGGCCGACUUCCACAUCGUCGAGGACGAGGAGACCGCUUCUGGCGCCUCGACUCCUCGCAAGCAAAACAAUCGACGAGCCAAGCGCGGUGUCAACUACCAGGUCGACGAGAUGACCGACAAUCACUACUUUGACAAGCUCGAAAAGGAGCUCAAUGCCGGUCCAAAGCAGCUCUCUGCCGCUCAAGCUGAACGUCAGGGAAAGCUCUUUUCGAUCCGCGAAGCGCAGAAGCAGAUCAAGAAUAUGCACCUCGAGAACAUUGUCAUGCAGGCUCGCAAGAUUUGCAAUCAUCCUUUCCUCUUUGACUGGCCUAUCGACAUGGAUUCGGGCACGCUCGUCGUCAACAAGGAUCUCAUCAAUGCCUCCGGUAAGAUGCUCAUGCUCAAUCGACUUCUCGACGAGCUCUUCCAUCGUGGACACAAGGUGCUCAUCUUCAGUCAGUUCACCACCAUGCUCGACAUCAUCGAGGAGUGGGCCAACGAGUUCAAGGGUCUCCGUACCUGUCGAAUCGACGGCACCACGCCCCAGGAUGAACGACGUGCACAGAUGAAGUCGUUCAACGAGGACAAGGGACCCGACGCAUGCAACCUCUUCCUACUGAGCACGCGUGCCGGUGGUCUCGGUAUCAACCUCGUCGCUGCCGACACGGUCAUCUUCUACGACUCGGACUGGAACCCGCAGAUGGAUCUCCAGGCGCAAGACCGCGUUCACCGGAUCGGUCAAACCCGGCCCUGCCUCAUCUUCCGUCUCGUCUCCGCCAGUACCGUCGAGGAGCGUAUCCUCAAACGAGCCGGCAACAAACGCAAGCUCGAAGCCCUCGUCAUCCAGCAGGGCAAAUUCCGUCUCCCCGCCGGAUACCAGUCUGCGCUCGGAGGUGGCAAGAAGAAGAAGGAGGACGAACUGCGAGAUAUUGCCAGUCAGCUGCUCGCGCUCGAAUCGGAACAGGUCAAGUUGGUCAGGGAUGAGAACGAUCAGAUCAUCACCGACCACGAGUUGGAAUUGUUGUUGGAUCGUUCGCCGGCGGCGUACGAGAGAAAGAUGGGUUGGGUCUCGAAUUCUCAUACGGAAGAUCCCAAGAAGCCGGGUAGGAAGACCGCAAAUGGCAGAAGCGCGUUCGAGGUCACAGAGACAAAGACGGAUGAGGCAAACGAAGAGAUCGCCAAGCUGUUGGCAGGCAAUUAG